AACCUUUCCCGCGAACUUGAACAACGAUUCGACGAGGCCUAUCGCAAGGCCAAUUCUCUGUUCUGCCUUGUGCAGGGUGAACCAACUGAGAAGGCAUUUGCAGUUGACAUUGAAAAAAGCAAAACAGUCAGCCACCUGCGAAAAUUUCUCGUCUGUAGUAAGGCCGAACUGCUGGCGUACAACAACAGGCCGAACAAGCAUGGGUCGCCGAGGAGGCCCAAAAAUGCGUUCUUCAUCUUUACUAUAGAGUACAGAAAACGCAUGGAGGUUGGGCUUUACAGCUCAACCACAACUCAGUCGCGGGAUAUUAUCCGCAUGCCAGGUGUGGCAGAGGUUAAGCGAAGGGGAGAGGCGCGUCCACGUUCUGGCAGCCGGCGUGGUGGCAAAGAG